UUGAGCACCAAUUCCCAACCAAAAUCAUGUUGACGACGGCGCCAACAAACACGUACAGUUUCAAUCAUACAGUGAGCUUGGAUUUGCGGCUGCUUAUGUGCCAUUCGUUUAGUAAGCAGCUCCUUGUUCGUGGGCGUCAUCAACAUCUUCUUGUACCAUCUCCCCGCCCUAACAUUUCCCUAUUUCAAGUCUACUGCACUAACUCAAAGCCGACGCGCGGUUUCGGUCCUUCGCCUACCACAGACAAGGCCUACAACAAAAAGAAAGACAAAUUUACAUCCUCAACACCCAAGGUGGAGAAGGAUGUCGCUUUAGGCAAAAGGAAUCCCGCUAAUAAACAAUCCAGUUCUGUAACAGGUGAGGCACCUGGUUUAAGUUUCAGAACAGUGGAAGUUUGAGUAACUCUGAGAUUCAGUUUGAAGAGAAGCUGGAAGCAGUUAAAAGGGCUGCAAUUGAGAAGAAAAGGAAUGAGGGAAGCAAAGAAUUUGGAGCAAUUGAUUAUGAUGCAACCAUGGAACCAAAGUCAAAAACUGGUACAAUUGGACUUGGCACCAAAAUUGGAGUAGGUGUUGCAGUUGUAGUCUUUGGGUUGGUUUUUGCCCUUGGAGAUUUUCUUCCUUCUGGCAGUAAUGACCCCGGUGAAGAGGCCCCUGUUUUGGGCAGUAAAUUAACCGAACAAGAGAAAACAAGUUUAGAGAAUAGGCUCCAGAAAUAUGAGGCAACACUUAAUGCAUAUCCACAAGAUCUAGAGGCUCUUGAGGGAUCAGCUGUAACCUUGGCAGAAUUAGGAGAAUAUACACGGGCUGCUGCUUUACUGGAGGAUCUUUGUGAGAAGAAAUCAAAUGAUCCUGAGAUUAUCGCUUGCUUGGAGAAGUGAAGUAUGCAUUGAAAG